CUGGAAGCAGACGCUGAAAGAGGCUUGGAACAAAACCAGCAGAGACAUUGGUCAUCUUUACAAACCAUUGCCUUUUGUCGGGAAAUAUCCACCGCAACUAUGUGUGUCACACCACUAUCCCAGGUUCAAAUCACCCAGCGCUUAAUCAAGCCCUGGGAUCGGAUUCCAAACACUUCAGUCCAAUUUAAGCCUCUCCUUAUCUACCACUCAGCUUUCACCGGUUCUGCCUCACAGAUAUCCAAUCACCUCAAACAAGUCGGAGCGGUGAAGCAGCAGUGGAUCUAUUCCAUGUACCCUACAAGCCAUUUCCAUUCGAGUACGCAUGAAGUUCUCAGCGUGGUUGCCGGAAAGGCAAAGCUUUGCUUCGGUCAUGAGGAAAAUCCGGACCGGUUUGAGCCAACUGUUUACAAGGGCGACGUCAUUAUCGUUCCAGCAGGGGUUUCGCAUCGACUGCUUGAAGAUCUAGACGGCCAUUUUAGUAUGGUUGGGUCGUAUCCGCCUGGAAAGGAUUGGGAUAUGUGCUAUGGUAAAGUGGGAGAAGAAGAGAAGAUCCAGAGCAUAGGCUCUCUGGGCUGGUUCAGCAAAGAUCCGCUUUACGGAGAUCAAGGGCCAGUGCUGGAAGUAUGAUCCCACUUAAAGCUGCAAGGUCUUGACAUUCUUAUCACGAUACGAACCGCUGUCGAUACAAGUACUAUGUACGGAGUACGGAGGAGUAUUAUACAUAAUCUUGAAAACCAUACUUUCAAUCCCCACACAUAAUUUUCCUUUUCGCCGUGCUCCAGAUACCAAAUGAGAAAAUAUAAAUAGGAAAAUAAAGAGGGAACGUAUAUUAUAGUUUGAUGGUGGGAAAAUGAAGGUAGUAUAGAACUAGGAAAUUCUGCGGGCAGGGGCGAUAGAUGUUCAUGAUGUAGAUAGAGGACGAAAGUGUAAAAUCCGAGGGUAUAAAGGAGUUAUUAUUUGGCAGAUACACGUUCAACAACCCU